GCUUGACAACUGUGACAACGGACAUAAUGAUCAAACAAUUUUAUUUGAUUUUAUAACUGAGAUUCUAUUUUAUUUUCACACAACUCGAUAAAAACAAAUAUGAAAUUAUGAUGAGCGUUUCAGUAUUUUAUUAUCUUCCUUUGCUUUGCUUCAGCGUAACCAAUACUAAAGCAGAUUUAGCGAGAUAUUACGACAGCUAUGAAUGUAACGAGGCCUUGGUAGAGGGUGCUAAGCUUACUGCCACAUCCAGUUUAAGAGAACGAGGACCAGAGAAUGCUAAGCUGUAUGGUUUGAACGCGUGGACAGCCUCAGAGAGUGAUUUUGAUCAGCAACUGGUGAUAGACCUGGGAACAGUGAAGAACAUCACGCGAGUGGCGACUCAGGGUCGAGCUCACUCUCAGGAGUUUGUUCAAGAGUAUCACAUCAGUUACGGUUCUAACGGACUCGACUAUGUACGCUACAAAGCUGCGGGGGGCGAAGUUAAGAUGUUCGAAGGCAACCACGAUGGGAACACCGUGGUCAAAAACGAGUUCGAGGUGCCUAUCAUAGCGCAGUACAUACGGAUUAACCCAAUGCGGUGGCGCGACAAGAUAUCUAUGCGAGUAGAAGUCUACGGGUGCGAUUACGUUGCAGACACACUAUACUUUAAUGGUUCAUCGUUGGUCAAAGUGGACCUCCUGAGAGACCCCAUAUCGGCGACGCGCGAGACAGUCAAGUUUAGAUUCAAAACGAGUGUGGCUUCCGGAGCGCUCAUGUACUCCCGCGGUACUCAAGGAGACUAUAUAGCUUUACAGCUGAGGGACAAUCGACUUGUGCUCAAUAUUGAUCUAGGUUCGGGCACAUCAACGUCUCUCUCCGUGGGCAGUUUGCUAGAUGACAAUAUUUGGCACGAUGUGAUGCUAUCGAGGAACCGGAGAGAUAUAAUGCUGACAGUGGACCGCGUGGUAGUGCGGACAAGAAUAAAAGGCGAAUUCUCUAGACUCAAUUUGAAUAGAGCGCUAUACAUCGGCGGUGUCCCUAAUUCCCAAGAGGGUCUAGUAGUGACGCAGAACUUCACAGGGUGCGUCGAGAACAUGUACCUCAACAACACUAAAGUUAUACAGGAACUCAAAGAAGGAUAUGAGACUGAAGAGGCAUUUAAGUUCCAGAAAGUUAACACCCUGUAUAGUUGUCCUGAGCCCCCAGUUGUACCAGUGACGUUCCUCAAGGAGGGCUCUUACGCUAAACUCCGCGGAUACUCCGGUGGCACCACACUCAACAUUUCGCUAGAGUUCCGCACAUACGAGCUGCAUGGUCUGCUAAUCUACCAUAAAUUCAAGAGCGAGGGAUAUGUUAAGGUUUUCCUUGAAGAAGGUAAAGUGAAAGUGGAGCUUUAUAACGAAGGGUCGUCCAAAGCGAAGCUGGAUAAUUAUGCCGAGGAGUUCAACGACGGUCGAUGGCAUUCCUUGAUGCUGACCAUGGCCCCGGACAGUCUCAUACUGUCCGUGGACUACCGGCCCGUGCAGACCACGAAGCGAUUGAAGUUCUUCACUGGAAGCACGUUCUACAUUGCCGGCGGCAAGGCGCCCCCUCGCGGCUUCAUCGGCUGUAUGCGCAAGAUCGCGGUGGACGGCAACUACCGCCUGCCCACCGACUGGAAGAAGGAGGAGUACUGUUGCCCAAACGAGGUCGUGUUCGACGCGUGCCACAUGAUUGACAGGUGCAACCCCAACCCGUGCGAGCACAACGGUGUGUGUACGCAGACUGCGGACGAGUUCAGCUGUGACUGCGCCGCCACCGGCUACGCGGGCGCCGUGUGCCACACGUCGGUGCACCCGGUGUCGUGCGCGGCGUACCAGCAGGCGGGCGGCGCGGGCGGGGCGGGCGGUGCGGCGCAGCAGUCCUCGGCGCACAUGAUGCUCGACGUGGACGGCUCGGGCCCGCUGCCACCCUUCCCGGCCACGUGCCAGUUCUACUCGGACGGGCGCAUCCUCACUUCGGUGCAGCACUCGGCGGCGGCCAGCUCGCAGGUGGACGGCUACCAGGAGCCGGGCAGCUUCCGCCAGGACAUCGCCUACGACGCGUCGCGCGCGCAGCUCGAGGCGCUGCUCAACCGCAGCCGCGCCUGCAGCCAGCGCCUCGAGUACAUGUGCCGCCACUCGCGCCUGCUCAACUCGCCCAGUGACGAGACGAACUUCCACCCGUUCGCGUGGUGGGUGUCCCGCAGCGGGCAGCGAAUGGACUACUGGGCGGGCGCCACGCCGGGCAGCCGCAUGUGCCAGUGCGGCGUGCUGGGCUCGUGCGUCGACCCCACCAAGUGGUGCAACUGCGACGCGGAGCACAGCCCCCUCUCCACCGACGAGUUCCAAAUCGACGGCGGCGAUAUAACGGAAAAGGAGUUCUUGCCAGUCAAACAGCUGCGCUUCGGGGACACGGGCAGCCACCUCGACGAGAAGCAGGGCCGCUACUCGCUGGGGCCUCUGCUGUGCGAGGGAGACGAUCUGUUCAGCAACGCAGUCACCUUCCGCAUCUCGGACGCCGUCAUAACUCUGCCCACAUUCGACCUGAGCCACAGCGGAGACAUAUACUUUGAGUUCCGCACCACCAAGGAGAACGCUGUUCUGUUGCAUUCUAAGGGCCCGCAAGACUACAUAAAGCUGUCCAUCAUCGGUGGCGAUCAGCUUCAGUUCCAGUUCCAAGUGGGGGAUACUCCGCUCGGAGUGUCCGUGGAGACCAGCAACCGACUCGCCGACAACAAGUGGCAUUCCGUCUCCAUUGAGAGGAACAGGAAAGAAGCGCGCGUAGUGGUCGACGGGGCGCUUAAGAACGAGAUUCGCACAGCCAAGGACCCCGUGCGAGCGUUACACCUCACCACCGCGCUAGUUCUCGGCGCGUCCUUGGACAGGAAGGACGGCUUUGUCGGCUGCAUGAGGGCCUUGUUGCUCAACGGGAAUCCGGUGGAUCUGCGUUAUCACGCCAGACGAGGUGUGUACGGCGUGUCGGAGGGCUGCACGGGCAAGUGCGAGUCGUCCCCAUGCCUCAACAACGGUACCUGCCUGGAGGGCUACGACUCGUACGGCUGCGACUGUCGCUGGACCGCUUUCAAGGGACCCAUCUGUGCUGACGAGAUCGGCGUAAACUUGAGACCAAACUCAAUGGUGAAAUACGAUUUCCUUGGAUCCUGGCGGUCGACCAUCAGUGAGAAGAUCCGCGUCGGUUUCACCACUACCAACCCCAAGGGGUUCUUGCUGGGAUUCUACUCCAACAUAUCCUCCGAAUACCUCACGAUUAUGAUCUCUAAUUCUGGUCAUCUGCGGGUGGUGUUCGACUUCGGGUUCGAGAGGCAGGAGAUCAUCUUCCAGGGCAAACACUUCGGCCUGGGGCAGUACCACGACGUGCGCUUGUCGCGGAAGGACAGCGGCGCUACAAUGGUGCUUCAGGUGGACAACUACGAGACCCAGGAGUACCACUUCAACAUCCGCGAGUCGGCGGACGCGCAGUUCAACAACAUCCAGUACAUGUACAUCGGGCGCAACGAGACCAUGAACGAGGGCUUCGUGGGCUGCGUGAGCCGCGUGGAGUUCGACGACAUCUACCCGCUCAAGCUGCUGUUCCAACAGGACCCGCCGCCCAACGUCCGGACCAUCGGCGGUUCCCUGCACGAGGACUUCUGCGGGGUGGAGCCGGUGACGCACCCGCCCGAGCCGGUGGAGACGCGCCCGCCGCCGCCCGCCAACCUCGGAGACGACCUGGACUUCCACCGCACCGAUGAGGCCAUCCUUGGCACGGUCCUGGCGUGCAUCUUCUUGCUGCUGAUAGUGCUGGCCGUGGUGUUGGUCCGCUCUCUGUCGCGCCACAAAGGCGAAUACCUCACACAGGAGGAACGCGGUGCCGAUGGCGCCUCAGAUCCGGACGCGGCGGCGUUGGCCGCAGCCACCGGCCCCCGGGUCACUAAACGCCGGGAGUUCUUCAUAUAGCCACCAGGCGACACCCACUCCACGAGCCUAUAUACGCACUUCACACAUCACCUGUUUGCCUUUACGGUAUAUCGCACCUGCGUCUACUGAUUCAGUCAUUCAUUUAUUUAAAUAGUUUGUUGACUACUACCGAGUUAUUCAUUAAUUAUAAUAAAUUAUGGUGAAUGAAUUAAGCGAAUAUUUAUAUUUGCUCAACAACUAAAUAGCCGUUUGUUGAAUAAAUUCAUGUAACAGGCUCGUUUAUAAACGCCCCAAAAUUCCAGUUCAAAUUAGCUUCUAAGCUUUAACGCACAAAAAAGAUUGGACUUAAAAAAAUUAAAAUUAAAUAAUUCUGUUCCAAUAAUCGAGCCUUUAUAUCAAUAAUGCACACAUUUAUUUAUAUUUUGUCGAAACAAAGUUAUUUAAUUCAAAUGAAUUCAUACAAGAGUUGUGAAUUAUCAAUCGGGAUCGUAAAUUUUUUCUGCAAAAAUGCCAUUUAUAGUUUAUUUUGUAAGCUGGUAUAUUUAUACUCGGUAACAAAUAAAUAAUGCUAUAAAAUAUAUCACCAAUUAUAAACUGUGGUGGAAUAUUACGGAUCUGUAUUUGGUGUACCAGAUACCAGCUUAAACUGGGUUAUUAUUUUUCUGAAAUUAUCAGCUCUUCAUUCAGAUUAUAUUUCGCAAAAGAUUUAGUAGACGCCAGAGCGAUAUUUAUAUAACAAUAGAUAUGAAAUACACACUUCCUAUCCUUCAUACGAACGCAAUAUGUACACCGCCCACCAGAUACCCAGUUGCGUGCAUAGAAGAGAUAAGAAAAAUAAAGUUUCUUUGCAAGUAUGAAGUGCACUUCACUUUAUAUACGUGUGCCUUUAUAUGUGUUUGAAGAACGACGUCAAAUUUAGCAGAUUUAUGGCCUACGUAAACUAGAUCGACUCAACACACUAUCAGAUGCAAUUAAAGAAUGUGAAUGUCACCUUUAUGUUGUAGUGUACGACUCGUUGCCCACGCGUCACCCACUUCAAACAUCAUAAAUAAACUAAAUGUAUAUAAAUGGAUAUGAAAAUGUCUAUCAAAACAUACCCAAAUCGUUAUUCGUAAGGAGUUUAUCGAUGCAUGUUUUGUUACAAAAUGACAAAUUGUGUAAGCCACCAAAAAGCCAUAAGUUUUAAAGUCGUUCGUAAAAACACUACAUACAUAUUAUAAUUUGAUAUCUAAAGCAUUUAUAGAUAAAAUAAUUUAAAUUCAGUUUCCUAAGAAAUAUUUUCCUAAGCUAGAUAUAGAAGUUACGUUUCAUUAUUAUUUUGAAACAUAAAUAAUCGAUCAUUUCUGGAUUUUAUAACUUUAAUAUUUCAUAUUUUCGAACUAUUCUCGCUCUAAAGUUUUCUCCCAUAAAGUGCCAUUUGGCUACUUUUAUAAUCUUUUAGACUAUGAUAUUUAUUAUUUCAUCCAUCGCAACUUCGUUCGCUUAUAAUCUCUGAUUAUUACAUUUUUCUACACAGUAUACCCCCCGACCCACCGCGUCACUUCGCUCGCCGAGUUUUUUUUCUUCGUUUACUCGGCAGCUUUUCUUCGUAGCGUAUUAUAUAGAGAUUCAAUAAACAAAGGAACAAGUUCUGCAAGUUAUAUUAGCUUAUUUCAACUUUAAAGUUGAACUAAUUUUUUUCAAUUUGUUUUGUUUGAUGGAACCUGCAACCUUUUCGUCCAAAGUGACAAUUAUUUGUAUAGGUUAAAAAUUAACGCACGAGAAAAGCACAUGCAAAUGAUUGUCUGUUGAAAAAUAUGAAAGAAAAUGCAUAUUUUUCUAUAUUAAUUAUAGUAUUAAAUAUAGUAUUCAUUAUAAAUUACGUUUAUAUGGACAGGAUGUAUAUGUCUCCAUUUUGGCUAAGUAUUAUAUUUUUAUGUCACAUUUGGCAAAUAUGAUAGGUGGUAUAUCAAUGCAUUCGUAAGCUUUUAAUGGAAUAUUGAUUAUAUUAUCGUUCAUUAAAAACGAUUUAUCUAGAAAAAAAAACAUUUCCAUAAAAAUAUUUGGUAAUCACCGAAUAUUUUGGAUACAGAAGCCAAAUCGGAUACUGGAUAUUUUUAUAACUCUACAGAUAGUAGAAACUUCAUUCAUUCGGCGGACACUAACAAAUAAUUAUUGAAUAAUUCGUUUAAAAAAAACGAUGCAUUAUGUGAAUGUCCGGUAAUAUAAUAUCUAUUUUUUUUUUAUAUAUAUUAUAAGCAUUUAUCACUGACCCACUUUUAUAAAACCUGAAUAUUUCAUAGAUUGAUUUUUAACCAAUUGUGUAUUAAACAUUUAAUAUUAUUGAUUUGUAGUUUACACAUCAGUAAAGAAUAUAUCAGUAAUGGCCGCCGGUAACGUUCCUGACAUCUGUCUGUUGGUUAAUAAACAAUAUUAAACAGUGGACAUAUAAAUAUUUGUAUAUGUAUAUAUGUUAAAGCGCUGUAUGGAUUAAAAUAAAAAUUGUUUUCUUAUUUUUUUACAUUUAUAAGAUGUUUCGAAGUUGAUAUAAUGACAUACAUUCGUCAGUGGGGGUCAAUAAACAAUAAAAAUAUUUUUAUCGUAAAUUCAAUCACGAUCUGUAAGGAACGCAUUCUUUGAACGGCCAAUCUGUAUAUUUCGUUUAAUUCAAACUAGCUGCAGUACUGAUUGUAUUUUAAAUGAUUUUCUGAUCUGAUAGACAACUAUAUCAAAUAUAAUUAAAUACUACUGUAUUGCUGCAUUUUUUUAAUUAAAUAAAUCCACAAAAACAAUGUACUGAAUCUUACAAAUUAGUUCUAAGUUACACAAUAUUAUUGUAGUUUAAGGUUUUUUAAGGCUUCAAGUGUACUAUAAUUUUGGUAUUUAAUUCGAAUCUCUUUAUCGUGUAUCAUUAUUUUUAUACAACUCCUUUUAUUUAGUGAGUUAUUUUUGAGCUUUUUUUUAUUUAUCCGUCCAAGUGUAAAUGUCUAAAACAUUUUUUGUUUUCGAGAGUUAAAUUGUGUUUAUGUGUAUAAUUAGUUCGAAUUGUGUUUAUUUUAAUGACAUUACGAUGACAUGUAGAUAAGUAGGGCUUCUUUUUAUAAUCGCGGAUAUUUGGGCCCUGUGACAAACAGUUUAAAUAUCAAUGUACUUAAUUUUACGAAAUUUUAAACUAACACAGACAAACAACGUUUUGAUUAGUGGGUCUAGAAGUAUGUUUCACAGGAGUUUAUUAAGAUACAAGAUCAUUAAGAUUGAGGUAUUAGGAAAACACACUUAAAAAUUUAGAGGCUUAGUUAACUUAUUUCGUUAACUAAGCCUCGGCUCUCAUAUCACAUAAUAUGUUAAAGCUCUCAUAUAACAGUCACACAAAUUAAAAACAUAUUUUUCAGUUUUCGUAUAAAUUUAUCUAAAUUUGUAUUGCUUUGACAAUAUAUACGAUGAAAUAAUCAUUUUGGAAAUUUUACAAAAAAAUAGUAUUUGAUGUCACAAAGUUUGAACUCUUCUUCCUCUUGCCACAUUCCGUUGACCUUGUCCCUCCCUCUUAAUGCGGAAAUCCGACCCGCUACUCCAAGGCGCGUAACCGCGUGGCCUUACCUAACAUAACCUAACCUAACGUUUACUGUCACAGGACCCAAUUCGCGCAUCUAAAUAAAAUAUACCUAACAUCAACCUUUGAAUAAUAUUCAUUAAAAGUAAACCCCAAUAAUAUGAGCUAGUUACCGAACAUAUUGGUGCGUAUUUUGAUUUAAUUUUAAUUAAAUUUAAUCGAACCAUAGUAUAAUCAAACCUCAUCGUCUUUCGAACUUCGUGCGUUUCGAUACGCAGAAUUCAAUUCAUUGAGAUAUUUUUGUGCGAAAACUUAACAAUAAUAAAUUACAAAUUACUAAUAUGAUAGAGAAGAUACUUUGGUUUUCUGUCUACUCAGCUUUAACAUAUAUUGUCGAUGUAACUUGAUAAAAGGUGACCAGGAAAAUAAAAAAAACCUGUUCUUGGGAUGCCACAUUUGGAUGCAAUACAUUUGACAGUGCGUGCAGGUCAUCUCCAAGCGGCCAAUAUGCCUUACCCGGGACAUAUUCGCAGGGCAGCUAAGCUGGCCUGGUAUUAGUAGUUUUAGCCCUUCUAGGGGCUAGGGCCCGCCACCAUUGGCUUUGAGCCUGUUGAUUUAUCAUGUCCGUGCAAUGUCCAUUUUGACAGUGUAAGUGUAUAGAAGAAAAGUUCCAUUUUUAUCCGCAAUAUGGCGACAGUUUUUGAUUUUCCUUGUCAGGUUUUAUAUAAAUAACUUUAUUGGUUCUAAAUUUAAAUUAACCUUAACUUGCGAGUGAAUAGGUUCAAAAUGGUUAGAUGUAUUUUAUUACUUUGUGCGUCGGUCUGAACUGUACGAGAGAGCUAGGUACCGUGCCUUAAGUCGCCACGGCACACCCACGUAGCGCGUUAAGAUGUAGAGUUUUUAUUUUAUUACUACUGAAAAUCACGAAAUAAUUUUUUCAAAAUAA